GGCUGUGUAGAUCGAGAAACUCGAGGUUAAAGGAGGUGGUGGUGGUGGUAGUGGUGGGUGGUAAAAGGAGGUGGUGGUGGUGGUUUAGAGAGAGAAGAGGGAGUGAGGGUGGGUAAAUUAUGUUUGAAGGGGUUAAAUCAUGUAUGAGGGGGUAAUUAUUUUUUUUUUUUAAUAUAAAGGUAAAUUGUAAAAUAUAUUUUAUUUUGCCGGGAUUAGUUAGAUAUUCGAGGGCGACGUUUAGAUUUCCGAAAAGUCGAAAAACCUCGUUGAAAAACAAACCUCAACUCGUCUCAUCCUCCUCUCCCCGACAAGCAUCGGCAAGCGCCAGCCACCCUCUGUUAAACUCUUUCUCCUCCAAUUGUAACUCCUAUACAAUGAGAUUCAAAAAGCAAAAGCGUCACAGAAAAACCGUCAGAUUCUACACUGCUUGCUUUGGUUUUCGAGAACCAUUCAAAGUUCUAUGCCACGGUACCUUUGUUCAUCACCUUGUUUCUAAUCAUCUUUCUCCUGAAACUACCGUCUCUAACACUCUUGCCGCUUCUGUUCAGCUCUUCACUACUAAAUGUGUUAUUGAAGAGUUGAAGUCUCUUGGAAAAUCACAUGUUGAAUCAUAUCGUGUUGCUCGGAGAGAUUACAAGCUUGCUAGAUGUGAGCAUGGUGAACAGGAAAGUGCCUUAAAUUGCAUAGUAGAAGUUAUUGGAGAAAAUAAUCCUGAACACUUCUUUGUCGCUACACAAGACAUUGAGUUACGAAAUAAAUGCCGAAAGGUACCUGGACUCCCAGUGAUGUUUGGUUUGCGAAAUGCUAUAUUUCUUGAGCAACUUUCAUCAUAUCAGCGUGAAUUUGUGAAGGCUGCUGAAGAAGAAAGGCUACAUAUGACCGAUUCAGAAUAUAAGUUGUUACAAAAGAGAAUAAAGGGCAUAUUAAAUACCAAGGAAUUAAAGGACCCGGCAGAGGAAGGAACUGACGAUGAGGAUUUACUGGGUCAGCCUGUAGUAAGUCGAGUGCCUAGUAAGACAGAUGCAAUUCAUGCAAGAGACAAGGCUCAAUUUAAGAAGAAAAGAGCAAAGGGUCCAAACCCGCUGUCGUGUAAAAACAAGAAAACUAUUAGCAGUUCGGGUCCUAGUGCUGGGAAUGCUGACAAGACUGAUAGUGAUACAAAGAGAAGCAGGCCUCGAAAGAGGAAGAGAUCUCGCAAGGCCAAUACAUCCUCAGAUACCGUAUAA